AGGUGAACGACCAAGUCAUAAAUGAUAAGUUAAUCGCAAGUGCUAAAAAUGUAUCACACACAUAUUGUCACAGUGAUAUCCGCUCUAGUGUUUCUUGGAUAUUUGACGCCAUGUUUGAGCAUAGAGGUGGACACAAAGUAUGGGAAGAUUCUUGGGGAGACAUUGAACUUAACUGAUGGUAGGCAAGUCCAUACUUGGCUUGGUAUUCCUUAUGCAAAACCACCAAUUGGGCGCUUGAGAUUCGCGAAACCAGAAGAGCCCGAUAUUUGGAAUGGGACAUUCGAUGCUACACGGUUCCGAAGUGCGUGUUUACAGUCCGGGUUUCUCAUGGCUAUUACUCAUCCGGAUUGGGACGAUUAUGACGAAGAUUGCCUCAAUAUGAACAUAUAUAGCCCUGCUGACAUGAGUGAGGGUCCUUAUCCCGUAAUGUACCACAUACAUGGUGGAGGGAACACAGCAGGGGCAAAUGUUCAAUAUCCAGGGUAUUUCCUGGCAUUAAAAGGCACGGUGGUAGUCUCAAUCAACUAUAGAUUAGGACUGUUUGGUUACUUUUCUACGGAAGAUUCUGCAGCUCCUGGCAAUUGGGGAAUAUGGGAUUGCGUUCUUGGCUUGGAGUGGGUGAGAGAUAACAUACAUAACUUUGGAGGCGACCCAAACAAUGUCACUCUCAUAGGUCAAAGUGCGGGUGCAGCAAAUGUUGAUAUGCUGAUUCUAUCAGAACAGGCAAGAGGUCUGUUCCAUAGGGCAAUUCUGCAAAGUGGGAGUGCAUAUUGGGUGAGCUCUACAACAGGGGAAAUCAGGCGCUCAGCAAUGAACUAUGCCGCCACUCUUAGACAUCAAUAUGGCUGGGAUGUCCCAAAUGACACCAGGGGUAUGGUUGAUUUCCUUCGCAAUUCCACAGAUCUCAACACAACCUUGAUGAUGUUCGAGGCCUAUCAGGAUCCAGAUGAAGGAAUGCCCCCUGCAUACUUUGGAUUGCAUGUUGAUGGCCGACAUACACCAUCUUCAAUACUGAAAGACCAUCCGGUGAAUCUAAGGGCUAAAAAUGAUUUUGCAAAUGUUCCAAUCAUUGGUGGAAUCACAACAGAAGAUGGUUCAUUGUGGGCACUCGGUAUCCCUGAAAUGUGGUUUGACGGCCCGAACCAAGAGGAAUAUGAAGAUAUAAUGCGAGAAAGAAUAGACGUACUUGCUCCACAAAAUAGUGAUAAAGAAGCCAUAUUUCAAGCUGUGCGUUUUGAAUUUUCAAAUUGGCCACAUCCCAAUAACCGCAAUGGAAAUAGAGACAAGAUAGUACAGAUUGCAACUGAUGCAUCGUUUGGACUUGGGCAGAUCAUGCAUCUGCGUAGCCAUGGGCAGGUUAACAACGAGAGUGUCUAUCAAUACAACUUUAGAUUCAUCAGCAGUUCUAUAAGACUAGGAUUUUUAUCUUGGCUAGGGUGUAUUCACAUAUGCGAGCUACCAUAUGUGUGGGGACAUCCAUUACUUAAAGAGGAACCCGUCCCGGUUUUGAAUCAUUCCCUGGUCAACACUUUCAUCAACUGGACUGCUGAAGACAGAGGUUAUGCUGACAUGGUAAUAACAAUGUUCACAAACUUUGCAAAAUACAGCAACCCUAGUCCAAGUCCAGUUUCUGGGCCAACGCAUGAUGUAACUUGGGAGGCGUACAGACUUGACAAGAGGAACUAUAUGUGGUUUGAUAGAGACUAUGGUAACAAAGAGAAUUAUAGAUCUCACGAGUAUGCAUUUUAUCUAGAUUACCUUCCUUAUCUGAUCAACAGGACUGUCACAAAUGAUACGAGCACAACUGUUGGACCAAGCACAACAAGAGCUACAGCAACAACCCAGAGACCAGGUGAAGAUCCUGAGAAAAUUCGUUUCAGGAACGCUACUAUUGCGCUUGGGGUCAUCUCUGGGGUUCUUUUGAUUGCAUUGCUUCUCGUAGGUGGCUGCUUUUUCAUCUCAAAGGGUAGAGAAGGAGGAAAACUUGUUUGAAGGAGAAAGAAGAGGAAUCGAAUUUUUACUGAUGAACUGAACAUAACCUGCUUUGAUAGUGAUAUUACAACAAUGAUACUUUUCUGAACUCAUGGAAAAUAAAAACAAUUGCUGAAGAAAUAACUGAUAUGAAGAAAGCAAAAAACUUUACAGUUCACCAUCUGAACAUAUAUGCUGUAUUGUUAAUCGAGAAGAAAGAAAUACACAGCUUGCAAGUUUGGUCGAUCUUGUUUUAUAUUUUAAGCAUGCACAAAACUUAUGCACAUCAUUAUAUGAUCAUACUAGAUUUAUUUUGUGAUUUUAAAGUUCUUGAAAUAAACC